AUGCAUCCCCGGACCGAACACUCGGACGAAGACACCGUCGUCGACGACACCGGCUCCUCGACCAGAGCCUCGGAAGACUCAUCAACUGAGUCAACCCCCUUCAUCGCCACAUCGACGACGAAACCCCAAAAGAGACCAGCAACAGGCCGCGGCAGAACCGACUCCCUCCUCCGCAAUGCAGCACACAUCCACGUCCCCAAAAUCCACAACGCCGACGCCAUUGUCGCAAUCUUUGUCAUAAUCAUCCUCCUCGGCGCUGGCGCAGGAGGCCUCUGGACCAUCCCCACCACCCGCAAAGUAGAGGACAUUGUCUGUCGGCAGUACUACGGCGUCCUCUACACACAGGACGCCAUUGACGAGAGCAAGUGCAAAGAAGACGAGAUCCAGAGCGAGGUCGCCAUCAUCUUUGCCGUCUACAGCGCGCUGCAGGCGUCCAUCGGCGCCGUCUCCGCGUUCCCCUGGGGCAUCGUCGCGGACAGGCUCGGUAGGAAGCAAGUUUUCUCGCUGUCCGUAUUGGGUCAGCUGCUCGACCAGGCGUGGUUCCUCGUUGUGUGCGCGUUCCCCAAGACGAUCCCGAUCAAGGCGCUCUGGUUUGGUCCUUCAAUGUUGUUCGUUGGCGGGGGUAACGCUGUGCUGUCCGCGGUCGUUUUCUCGAUGCUCUCGGAUGUAACGACUCCGGAAAACAGGGCUAAGAAAUUCAUGAUUGUUCACCUGUCCUCGAUGAUUGGGAACCUCUGCGCCCCGGCCAUCGCCGGGUGGAUGAUGGAGAGAACGGGUCCAUGGCCCGUAAUGUGGCUCUCUUACGGCGGUUUCGCCUUGACGCUCUUCAACAUUCACCUUGUCCCGGAGACGAAGCCGGCGGCCCAGGUCUCCUCCGACCCCACCGCAGACGAGCCGGAAUCCGAUUCGCCCAUCGUCGGCACCAUCCAGCACACGUUUAACCGUCUCAAAGAGUCCAUGGCUCUCCUCAAAUCGCCUUCGCUCGUUAUCCUGUUGGCCGCCGCGCUCAGCUCGUACCCCGUCCUCAUGUCAACGUACCAGUUUAUGACAAUCUUUGCCUCGAAGCGCUUCCACGUCUCGCUCUCGCAGACGGGAUACCUGUCAUCGCUCUACGGCCUGGGCGUGUUCCUCACCAUUGUCGCCAUAUUGCCAGCCUUCUCGAAGCUGCUCGCCUCGCCAAAGGCCCCGAAGGCCCUACGCUACACAGACGGACCCGAACGUGACCUCUUUCUGGCACGCCUAUCAUCAAUCGCGCUCGUGUUCGGGUCGCUGAGCAUGUCUGCCUCCCCUACCAUCGGAGCCUUCAUCGGCGGACUGGCUAUUCUGGCACUUGGCGCGGGAUGGGGCAGCUACGUGCGAAGUCUUUGUGCGGUGUACGUAGACGCCGCCCACCGCACGCGGCUGUACUCGAUCAUCUCACUUGUGGAGACGGCGGGCCAGACGUACACGCAGCCUAUGCUCGCAGGGCUGUUUAGUCUGGGUAUGAAACUUGGUGGAGCCUGGAUCGGACUCCCGUACUUGGGCGUCGCUUGUUUUUGUGUCGCCGCCUUGGGACUGCUUCUCAUGGUUAGGAUUCCGCCCUCGGAGGGGAAAGGAGAGCACGCGGUCGGAGAUGAUACUGAAGCCGAUGGUGUAGGCGCUCAGUGA